UAAGUCACAGGCUCCGCCGAGCUGCCCUGUUAUAAAAGUUGCUGGGAGCUCAGCGCACUUCCUCACUGAGCAGCUACCUUCUCAGAUAAGAUGAAGCUUGCUGGCGGGGUGUUGCUGCAGGCAGUGGCCCUGCUUCUUGCAAACAGGUUCGUUCUGUCGGAAGACCAUGCAGGAAGGGGAGACGAAGAAAGGAGAGGAGGAGGAGGAGAUAAGGGGUCUCCGGCUUGCCCUCUCUCCCUCCAAAGCAGCGGGAAAUGCGAUGGAGAGGAAUGUCCCUACCAGGUGAAUUUUCCUCCCUUGACCAUCCAGCUGCCCAAGCAGUUCCAACUGAUGGAGAAAACCCUCCAGGAAGUGGAGCUCCUCAAGGAAAUGGUCAACACUCUGAAGAAAUCCUGCCAGGAUUGCAAACUCCAGGCAGAUGACCACCGACACAAGGACAAUAACGACUUCCAGCCGGCCGGCCCCGCAAACCAGAGCAUGGUCCAAGACAACCGAGUCACCGACCUGCAGGACAAGGUCACCAAGCUGUCCGAGAACCUGAAGAACGCCAAGAACCAGAUCCACACCCUGCACGGCCGGCUGGAGCAAAUGAACCUGGUCAACAUGAACAACGUGGAAAGCUACGUCGACGACAGAGUGGCCAACCUGACCUUUUUCGUGAACAGUCUAGAUGUGAAGUGCUCCUCGCAAUGUUCCGUCAUAGAACCCAAGCCAGGCUACAUGCUUCUGCCAGGGGACUGUUCCAAUUAUUUCGCCGCUGGAAAGCGGCAGAAUGGCAUCUACAAAAUCACCCCAGAUCCCAGAAACCAUAGCUUUGAUGUGUAUUGCGAUAUGGAAUCCUUCGGAGGGGGCUGGACCGUGUUCCAGAUGCGCCAGGAUGGCAGCGUCUCCUUCAACCGAACCUGGGAGGACUACAAGAACGGCUUUGGAAACGGUAAGGAGUUCUGGCUAGGGAACGACAAAAUUCACCUCCUGACCAAAAGCAAGGAGAUGGAGCUGAGGAUCGAGCUGGAAGAUUUCAACGGUGUCCGAGAAUACGCCAAAUAUGACCAGUUCUACGUUGCCAACGAGUAUCUCAAAUAUCGGUUAACCAUCGGCACCUACACUGGCACUGCCGGGGACUCCUUGAACUUCAGGAAACCCUACAACCAUGAUCAAAAGUUCUUCAGCACCCCAGACAGGGACAAUGACCAGUACGCUUCAAGCAACUGUGGAGCCUAUUAUAGCUCAGGAUGGUGGUUUGAUGCUUGUCUGGCUGCCAACCUCAACGGCAAAUAUUAUAACAAGAAAUAUAAAGGGGUGCGCAAUGGUAUUUUUUGGGCCACGUGGCCUGAAGCUUCGGAUCACAACAUGAACGGUUACAGAAAAGCUUUUAGAAAGGUUAAAAUGAUGAUGAGGCCCAAAACGUUUUUGCCAUGAAUCUUUCCCCCGCUCCCAAAAUCCAAUUUGUCCAAUCUUGGCACUUUCCCUCAGAAUUUGAGUGCAAUUUAAGAAUAUUCUGUUACAUUUCUUUUUUUAAAAAAAUAUCUUUCUCUUGCAAGCAUUCCUCUCCCAAAGUACAUGGACAUCUUUUCCUGACCAAAUUCAUGAUACUACACACCAGAAAGGUCUCCAAAUUUGGCGAUUUUAAGACUUGUGGACUUCAAUUCCCAGAGUUCCCCAGGC